AUGGGCUUGUUUACGGAGCUGCCCGAGGAGCUCCAAGAGGUGGACGUGAUUGUGGCCGGAGGCAAGUCCUUCCCUUCCACCACGUUACCCUCACUGACGACUUUGCAUAGGAGGCACGGCUGGGGCCUGAACAAUUACAACGUGCCCCAAGUCGUCCAGCCCGCCCUCUUCCCACUGAACCUUGACCACAACAGCCAAUACACACUCUUCUGGAAGGGGAAUAGGGCACCACAGCUUGCGGACCGGGAGCCCGUUGUCCCCAGCGGCGGUACUCUUGGUGGCGGGUCAUCGAUAAACUGGAUGGUAUACACUCGGGCUCAGCGAUCUGACCUUGAAUCAUGGAAGACGCCAGGAUGGUCUUCUAAGGAGCUGUUGCCAUUCCUGAAGAAGUUUGAAACUUAUCAUGGCCGGGGUGAAAGGGAGGCGCAUGGCUAUAGUGGCCCCAUUAACGUCUCUAGCGGCACAUUCCGGGCCACUCGUGCCGAGAACGAAUUUAUCGAAGCCGCCGUCAAAAUUGGCUACCCCGAACUGAAGGAUUUGCAGAAUCUCGACAAUAACAACGCCACCGAGCGCUGGCUGCGCUACGUUGGCCCAGACGGACGACGUCAGGAUGCUGCCCACAGGUUCCUUCAUCCAAAGCUGCAGAGCGGGCAUUAUCCAAAUCUACAUGUCCUGACGGAGAACCAAGUUGUGAGGGUUCUCCUCGAUGAUAAAAAGCGAGCCGUCGGGGUCGAGUACAGGCCGAAUCCCAAAUUCCAAGCUGCUGCUCGUGGAAAAGCCCUCCUUACUGCUCGCGCCUCGAAGUUGGUGGUCGUCUCUGCCGGCGCGAAUGCUACGCCACAAAUUCUCGAGCGCUCCGGAAUCGGUGACCCAAAGAUUCUCAAGCGCGCCGGAGUCCCAGUUGUUGAGGACCUGCCUGGUGUGGGGAACGAUUACCAGGAUCACCACCUAACGCUAUACACCUAUCGAACAAGCCUCACGCCAAACGAGACCAUCAACGCCUUUGCCGACGGCCGAUUGAAUGUCCAGGAAGAGAUCAGGAAGAACAAUAAGCAACUGGGCUGGAACUCGAUGGAUGCUUCGGGCAAGUUCCGUCCCACCGAGGCUGAGGUUGAAGCCCUCGGACCCGAGUUCAAGAGAGCCUGGGAUCGAGACUUUAAGAAUGCGCCUGACAGACCCCUGAUGAUCAUUGCCAUGUACUUGAGCUUCUUUGGUGAUCAUUCUACCUUACCGGAUAACUCCGAGUAUGUUUCCAUUGCGAACUGGACGGCAUAUCCCUAUUCGCGCGGCCACAUCCACAUCACAGGACCGAAAAUAUCCGACCCGAUUGACUUCGACGUCGGCUAUUUGAAAGAUGCCAACGAGAUCGACGUCAAGAAGCAUAUCUGGGCGUACAAGACCCAGCGCGAGAUCUUCCGUCGCAUGAACAUCUUCCGCGGCGAGCUAGCGGCAGACCACCCUCGUUUCCCUCCAGGCUCCAAGGCCGCCGUGGUCGAGAAGGCGGAUGGCCCCGUCGCCGACAACGCGAAACGCAUCGAGUACACACCCGAGGACGACAAGGCCAUUGAAGAAAACGUCAGAAAGAUCGUGACGACCACGUGGCACUCUUUGGGGACGUGCAAGAUGGCGCCGAGAGAACAAAAGGGCGUUGUGGAUGCUACCUUGGGUGUGUAUGGUAUUCAGGGUCUGAAGCUGGCGGAUCUGAGCAUCGUACCUGAGAACGUGGGUGCAAACACGAACAACACUGCUUUGCUAGUCGGCGAGAAAGCGGCCGACAUCAUCAUUCGGGAAUUGGGUCUCAGAUCUCGUGGCCGCGAAGCUGAGGGAUACUCGAGAGCGAACCUGAAUAUUGCUCGACUCUGA